CUCUUUACACAACACUUCUCUUCAGGAACUGAAUCAGCAGCUGCGUGUCGAUCGGUCUCGUCGAGUUGAGCUGAAGAUUUUCUCUAGUAUACUGAACAUCUCUUCAGCACUUCUCAUUAAGAUAGUCAUUUUCACAACAACCAGCAGUUAAACUUCAUUGUUUUUACUCAAAGUUUUGAACAUGCUCAUCUGCUCAGUUUUUCUCUGUCUGUCCUUUUUGACUGCAUGUGGUGUGUUUAGUGUUGAUGCAGAUGAAGUGAAGUCAGUGUCAGUGAUGGAGGGAGAUUCUGUCACACUACACACUAAUGUUGUUAAACAGAGAGAUGAUAAGAUAGCGUGGAGUUAUGGACCUAACAACACAUUUGUUGCCAGAAUGAAUGGAGUGGCCAGUAGCAACAUGUUAUCUGAUGAUGAGAGAUUCAUAGGCAGACUGAAGAUGAACAAUCAGACUGGAGAUCUCAUCAUCACACACAUCACAUCUCAACACUCUGGACUUUAUAAACUGAAGAUCAGCAUAAACAAGAAGAACUCAAACAAGAAAUUCAAUCUUACUGUCUACACAAGGGACAUCAUCAAUUCAAUCAACAAACAGGAUCAAGAUCUCACCACUGAUGCCUCUCCAAAGUCUUCAGAUUCUCCUCGCAUGUGGGUCAUUAUAAUUCCAGUUGUAGUUGCUCUUGUGAUCUGUAUGAUCAUCAUCAUCAUCAUCAUCAAACACAGAAGAAUGUCUUAUAAAGAAAGCGUUUUGAAGACCAUAUAUGCUCCGGUCAGUGAUAAAGGGAGCAGCAUCUACAGCAGCUCAUCUGAAGAUUCAAACUCUUCAACGUCUCCAAAUGAACGGGAAAAAAAGCCCAUGCAGUUGUACUGACUAAGUUUUUGUAAAAUACCCACCUGCUGGAUUCACAGACUUCACACAUACUGUACAUCAUAUCCCUCCCUUUACCUUUAUUUUCCUAUCCUAUGGAUCAUCACCUUAUCGUGGUGGAUGGGUUUGAGUGCCUCUGUAAUACUUUGUGCUUUGUUGUCUAAAGCAUUAGCUCCUGGUGAUGACACCCUUGACAAAUUGAUCCCAGGAGAGAGGCCAGACGAAGAGUGGUCCAAAACAUUCCUGAAAGUGACAGUUCACCUCAAAAUGAGAAUUCUGUCAUCAUUUACUCACAUCCUCUCAUCAGUUCAAACCUGUAUGAGUUUCUUUUUUCUGCAGAACACAAAAGAAGAUAUUUUGAAGAAUGUGGGUAUACAGAGAAAACAUUGGUCCCCAUUGACUUCUAUGUACAGACACAAAACCAAUGCGAGUCAAUGGGAACCAAUGAUUUCGUUCAUUAACAUUCUUCAAAAAUAUCUUCUUUUGUGUUCUCCAGAAAAAAGAAACUCAUACAGGUUUGAAAUGAUGACAGAAUUCUCAUCUCUGGCCCACGUGAUUCCCUCUCCUGCACACUUUGGUCAGGGGUCUUCCUGCAUAGAGAAUUUAGAUUUGAUCGCCUCAAUCAAAUGGGAUUUCUAUGAAUUAAAAUGCACAAACCUUAAGCAAAAACACCCAAUAAAUAAAGAAGAGAUGACUUUUUAUAGAAAAUUAAAAACUUUAUUACAA